AUGAGCAAACAGAAAGAGUUUAAGUUUCAUGUGAUUGAAUUAUUGGAACCUCCAUACAUAGAUCCAGAAAAAUAUGUUUGCAUUCCGAAUUCUUGGAUAAGGUUACGUGAAACAUCAGAUGGUCCAGCUCUUGUCAAAUUUCCCGUUGAAGAACUAUCAGAAAUAAAGAAACGUGUUGAAAAACAAGAAUUCUUAGAAAACUGGACAGUAUUUUUGGCUAAUAUAAAAUACAGUACGAACUCAUAUAAAGACGCAAGAAACUUUAUCAAGAUACUGAAUAAAAUAUUUGAUCAAGAGCAGAGGAGCAUGGAAAUAGUCAAAGUUAAAAAUUACAUUCCAGAUGUACCAUCAACAUCGGACAAGAAAGUACUCGAAUCACAAUCGAGCUCAGAAUCAAACAAAGUCCGUACAACUUUAACUCUAAACAGUGAUGCGGAGCCAGUGAGUGAAGAAAUACCAAAGCAACUAGACUUGACUAAUGUCGAGGUAAGAAUAGGCCGAACGGAAAGUAAAGUUGGAACUGCCGAUUCCUCCCCCAAAGCCAGAAGAUAUUUGACAAGACAGUCACUCAGAAUAUCUUUAUCAGGCAAUAAUACCGUUAGUUUGCCAGAUCAAACUACAAAAGAGAAUCUUCAGAAAACUAGCCAUUGUGUUGAAGAGAGCAAUACGGCUAACAACAACCAAGAAAAUGAACUAUCAGUCAAAAAUUCUUCAGAGUUAAUAAGAAAAUGGCAAAUUGUAACGGCUCUACGGUCAGUCUUUGGUGAUAACUUCAAAGAAAAAUUGGAACAACUUCAUAGUAAUUAUGAAAAAAACCAAUUAGUAUUAGAGAAAAUGCGGCUUGCGUUUAUGGAAAAUUGUAAGAUCAUAAAAGGGUUGAUUGACCUAACGGAUGAAGUCAGUAAUGGUCCUAAUAUUAGUGAUCUAGAUUCUACAGUCAAAGAAUUAGAAAAUAGUAUGAUGGAAGUAAAUAUAAAUGAAAACGAUUCAGAUAAAGUAACCGAAUCAAAAUUACAAAAUGAUACUCGAAAAAACGAAGAGAAGAAACACAACAGUGACGGUACAGAAGUUAAAAAUAAUAAUCCACUGAAUAAGAUCCGUGGUCAAGCACGCAAAUUUAUUUUUCCACCAGAAUACGAUCCGAAUGACUCAAGAUGGACCCUAAAGCAUCGGGAAAAGAAAAGUGGUCUCGUUGAACUUCUACCACAUUCACGGGUGUACAUAGACGCCAUUCAACUAAGUAAUAUUAAAAUAAUGUCGAAAGACAGCAAAACUCUUGCACGAUCGUUGUUACUGGAAAUUUUUACCGAGAACGCAUUAAGUAUAUGUUCUCUAACUGGAAAAAAAGCCAAUGCAUUUGACUUGGAGGGAACAAGUGUAAGGCCCGGUCUAGAUGAACAUGCAAGAACUGUUUUAUUGAACUAUGUUAAAAAACAUGCGACUGGGCAAAAAUGGGUUGAAUUUGAUUCGCAGCUGAUUUUGAACACUAUUCGUAACAAAAUGCAAGAAAUGAGAGGCAAACAUCAAAAUAUUGUCGAAAAAUAA